AUGUUUGUCCUGGAGAGGGACAAAGGACUGCCUCUGGACAGAGAGGCGACAGAUGUGGCCCAGCCAAAAAUGGCAGUUUAUGAAGAUGAAAUUGGACUCCAUAGACAUCUAGAAUCCUCUGACACUGAAGAAGAAUACCAUGAGGAGAAUGACAUACAGAGACCAAGCUCCAGAGAGCGAACCAUUACCCCUAUGCAUCAUUGGGGGAGAGGAUUCAGAGGUGGCCAUAGGGGAAGAAACGGGAAUUUUUUUGGACAAAGACUUUCAGAAAAUCAGCCUUCACAUCAUCUGAUGAGGCAUGAUAACAGUGAAGAUCGAUCAGAGUGGAAUGGAAACCAAUCAGAAGAGAGACAGCUACAAAUAGAAGGAAAUCAAGUUUCCUUCAGGAGAGUUCAUGGCCACUCCCAAUCUCGUGGCCGCCAUAUUAUCAGAUCUCAUGGCCCCCACUCCAGAAGAUCUCAUAGCCACUUUAGGAGAGCUCCUGUCUACUCAGAUAGAUCUCAUCUACAUCAUGGCCACCCAGAUAGACCACAUCAUGACCACCCAGAUAGACCACAUUAUGAUCACUCAGAUAGACCACAUCAUGUCUACUCAGAUAGACCACAUCAUGACCAUUCAGGUAGACUACAUUAUGACCACCCAGAUAGACCAGAUCUUGACCACCCAGAUAGACCACAUCAUGACCACCCAGAUAGACUGCAUCAUGACCAUACAGAUAGACCACAUCGUGACUACUCAGGUAGACCACAUCAUGACUAUUUAGGUAGAUCAUAUCAUGAUCACCCAGACAGACCUCAUCAUGAUUACCCAGACAGACCUCAUCAUGAUCACCCGGAAAGACCUCAUCAUGAUCACCCAGACAGACCACAUUAUGAUCACCCAGGUAGACCACAUUAUGACCACCCAGGUAGACCACAUCAUGACCACCCAGGUAGACCACAUCAUGACCACCCAGGUAGACUACAUCAUGACCACCCAGGUAGACCACAUCAUGACCACCCAGGUAGACCACAUCAUGACCACCCAGGUAGACCACAUCAUGACCACCCAGGUAGACCACAUCAUGACCACCCUGGUAGACCACAUCAUGACCACCCUGGUAGACCACAUCAUGACCACCCAGGUAGACCACAUCAUGACCAUCCAGAUAGACCACAUCAUGACCAUUCAGGAGAGCUAAUGAUGGCCAUGGAGGGAGAGCUCAUAACAACCAUACAUGGAGAUCUCGCAGUCAUGAAGAGAGAUAUCGUGGUCAAGCAGAAAGAUUUGGAAGAAUCCAAUCAUCACCAGAAUCUGAACCUGAAAUUGACAGGUAAAAGCAAAAUUAGUACUUUAUCAAUAUUCUCUACAAUAAGAGAAACGACUGAAUACUUACUAGCUCAGGAACAGCAGAGAAAUGAGCUAAUUAAUCUGAAUGGAGAGGUAAAAGAAGGCUACAGCAGCUCUGAAGAAAGUGAUGAAAGUUCUGACAGUUUAUGGAGACCCGAAGUUGAUGCAGAAUUCCUGAAUGGUAGAUACACUACAAUUAAGACUAUUACACGUUUUCCAAAAGGAGUAAGACUGAACUUCAAUGUCGCAGCACGGACUAAUCGGACUAAUCUGUCCCUCCACACUAGAUUCACCAUCCUGAGGACUUUGAGACGUGCCAGAAUGAACAAUGUGAACAAUAGACCCAGAAGACAGGAAGACUGA